UCUCCAGCUUCAUAACAAAAACAAAAAUAUGUAGAUCAUGGAUUAGUUAUAGUGAUGCUAAUUAGAAUUAGAAUAGUUGAAAAUUUAUAUUUUGCAGAUAUUUGUAACUAGAUAUUUGAUAUUUAUAACUUCUUCCGCUGCUACGGCACACACUGAACACACACUGCAUUCUCCAGUGUCAGCACAAGCCGAUGAGCUAACAGAUCAUGAACCCACUUAGAGUGAAAGUGAUCCGACAGUGGAAUCAGUAAAAGGUAAACUGACAGAGGAAGAAAAGCUUCAGCUGACAGAGGUGGAUUCAAAGCCGGGGUCACUGAAAGCCAACGAUUACAACAUUGUUCUGUGUGCUCAUUAUGAGACCAGUUUAGAAAAAGGGGUUUACAUGACUGGAAGCUGAUGUUUAUGUGUUUGACCUCCGUCCACAGAGUUUCAAUGCCACUCCACGUUCUAAGAUGAAGUUAUGGAAAGGUGCCACUUUUGCCUUCAUGCUCUGUGGUGCAGCCCUGUCCAUCCUACUCCUUAAAAACAUGGCCACUCUGGGACAGAUCAGGCCAAGGACAAAGUAUUCACUCACAUCGACAGCUUCAGAAGCAACAGCCAGGACCUCACAGCCAUCCACCUCAUCCUCGUCGGCGCCACCCUCAGCAGAAUCUGCUGAGCUGAUGCAGAUGGGUGGUCCGCGUCGGGUUUCCCGCUCAGCAGACAACAUGAACUCUCUCCUCUCUGACUUUUCCAUGAUGUUCCAAAGUUUCACUGAAGGUGAACUGAAGCAUAUGGUUGGGACUUUACUGGACAGAAAGAGGAAGAAAAGCCGGCGCCUGGGCGACAGCCUGGCCCGGAGGACUAAAAGAGCGCGGAGGCCGAGACCCUGCUCUGUCAGGGAACUGGAACUAACAGUCAGUGAACUGGGUCUGGGGUACGACAGUGACGAGACGGUACUGCUGCGGUACUGCAGUGGACAGUGUACAGCCCACCGGCACAACUACGACAUCACCAUGGAGCACAUGAUGAAGGCGGGCUUCAAGGGCCGCAGAGACAAGGUCAGCAAAGGGCCCUGCUGCCGACCGACCGCGUUCGAGAAAAACUUUUCCUUCCUGGACAAUAAGAGCCGCUACCACACGAUACACAAUGUGUCGGCAAAGAACUGCGGGUGUGUAUGACCCGGUGAUGAUUCUUCAUGCUGCUCUCAGGCAUUUUUGGAACAAAAAUGUUGUUAAAAAAACCUACACAAGGAUCUGAACUCAAGAUGGGGAGGAAAAAAAAAAGAAGAGAACGUUCUCACGGACAACUGGUGCCGUUUCCCUUCUGUGGAUUCUUCUGUGCAAAAGACAGAAAAUGACUGUUUCUAUAAACCUUUUUUUUCUCUCUGUGUAGCAACACUGUUGACUGCAUGUCAAUAACAAUAGCAGUAUUUGUGAUUUAGCACUGGCACAAGACGAUACUGUUACUGAACCUCAUGUCCAUGCACAUCUCCACGUCCACAUAAGUCCACUGGGGACAACAACCAAUCACAGAGCUACAAAUGCAACACAUGUUCAAAUAAAAUUCACCAAUGGCAACUCUAUGUCCUGUUAUACACGGCCAGGAGCGGGGGUGUCAUAAAACCAUAAGAACAACAACUUCAUCAACAGUAUUUUGACCAUUUUACUCCAAAACUGAAACAUGGAAUAAAAUCUAAUUCUGCCAAACAUUUCACAAGAAAUAUAAAUAAUGUUCAACAAUAUUAUCUACUAGUAUUUACCCACAGGUAUUUUGAUAUGAAAACAUACAGUAGUAUCAGCAACAAGAAGUCAGUAUAAAUU